AUGUCCAACUCUGUCUUCUGUGCUUCCGACAAGGCAGUACCAGUGGCUGGCUCUUGUAUGCCAACACUCACAACUGGCGAAAACUCUUUGGACCUAAGAAAAACUAAACAUGUUGUGUUGGCUACUGUUUUUGGAUGUAGGCUCGAAGCUCAUCGUGCUUUCGCUGAAAAGCACUACGCGAACUUGUCUGCAAAGCCUUUCUUCAAUGGGCUUGUUGAAUACAUUGUAUCUGGUCCUGUUUUUGUGAUAGUAUGGGCGGGCAAGGGUGUAGUUACUACUGGUAGGAAGAUAACUAGAGCAACAAAUCCAUUGGAGUCUGCUGCUGGUACCAUCCGUGGUGAUUGUGCUAUUGACAUUGUGAGGAACGUUAUACAUGAAAGUGAUUCUGUUGAGAGCGCGAAGAAGGAAAUUGCGCUUUGGUUUCCUGAAGGUGUUGCUGAGAGGCAGAGUAGCCUUCACUCUUGGAUCUAUGAGUAG